AUGGCUUCUAAAGAUCACAGCGCAGAGGAACGUCAGGUGGAUCAUGCUGUCCGGCAAUCGCUUCAAGAUGAGGCGAUGAACGAAAAGGCUGCCGCCAUGCACACGGAGAAUUUCCAUGAGGCUGCGGAAAGAGGCCAUGCUGCUACCGACAGAUAUGGCCACUCCCUUGUGACCUUCGACCCCAAGGCUGAAGCCAGACUGCGCUGGAAGAUUGAUCUCUAUAUCGUUCCGACGGUUGCACUGCUCUACCUCUUUUGCUUCAUUGAUCGUGCCAAUAUCGGUAACGCCAAACUCGCUGGGCUCGAAAGAGACCUUCAUUUGACGGGGAAUGACUAUAAUGUUGUUCUCUCCACCUUCUACAUCAGUUAUAUCCUCUUUGAGCUGCCAGCAAAUAUGGCGUGCAAGUACUUUGGCCCCGGCUGGUUCCUGCCCGCCACCUCGCUUGCGUUUGGAAUAUUUUCCAUCUGCACAGCCUUCGUACACCAUAUAGGCGCGGCAUGUGGUGUACGGUUUCUCUUGGGUGUGGCCGAGGCGGGUAUGCUUCCAGGCAUUGCUUAUUAUAUGUCUCGAUGGUACCGUCGAAGCGAGUUGGCAUUCCGGCUUUCGCUCUAUAUUGUUAUGGCGCCCCUUGCUGGGGCUUUCGGUGGCCUUUUGGCUUCUGCCAUUCUCAAAUUGAGCCAUUUUGGAGGCCUUCAUGAGUGGCGGAUGAUCUUCGCUAUCGAAGGGAUCAUCACCUGCGGUCUUUCACUCAUUUCCUUCUUCACCCUGACCGACCGACCCGAGACUGCAAGAUGGCUGAGUCAAGAAGAGAAAGAUCUUGCGAUUGCUCGGGUCAAGUCUGAGCGCGUUGGUACGACAGAGGUCCUCGACAAACUGGAUGUGCCCAAGAUUCUCCGUGGCAUAAUAAGCCCGGUCACCCUCGCCACGUCAUUCAUCUUCCUCCUGGACAACAUCACCGUGCAAGGCUUGGCCUUCUUCCUCCCCACUAUUGUCAAGACGAUCUAUCCUAAGAACUCGGUUGUGUCGCAACAACUCCACACUGUUCCGCCAUAUGUCGUGGGAGCUUUCUUUGUCCUUCUAUUCCCCCUGCUCUCAUGGCGGUACGAUCGUCGCAACAUCUUCUUCAUCCUCUCUGCGCCAUUGAUGAUGUGCGGAUACAUCAUGUUCUUGGCCAGCACCAAUUCUCACGUCCGCUACGGAGCAACCUUUUUGAUUGCAGCCGGAGCUUUUUCGUACGGUGCACUUUGCAAUGCCCAAGUCUCCGCCAAUGUCGUGUCAGAUACGGCUCGCUCAGCGGCCAUUGGCACGAAUGUCAUGUUCGGAAAUGUUGGGGGCUUGAUAUCGACCUGGUCUUUCCUCCCCUUUGACGCGCCAAACUACCAUAUCGGCAAUGGAUUGAACUUGGCUACCUCGUCAACUAUAUUGAUUCUUUCCAUUCUCCUACUGUUUUGGAUGUGGGGGGAUAAUAAGCGGCGGGAGACGAAGGAUAUUGAUACCGAGUUGGAUGGACUGUCAUUGAAACAGGUGCAAGACCUUGAUUGGAAACAUCCCGCCUUCAGGUGGAGGCCCUGA